UUGUGUUGUCACUUAAUGCAGAAGAGAAAGCCCCACAGCAUUGGCAGCUCCGAACGGAUUCAGCUCUCAGGAAUGUACAAUGUUCGCAAAGGGAAAAUACAUUUGCCAGUCAACAGAUGGACGAGACGCCAAGCUAUCCUUUGUGGAACAUGCCUAAUUGUCUCAUCAGUAAAAGAAAGCCAGACUGGAAAGAUGCAUGUCCUCCCUUUAAUUGGUGGAAAAGUGGAAGAAGUGAAAAAGCACCAGCACUGUUUAGCAUUUAGCUCCUCUGGACCUCAAAGCCAGACCUACUACAUUUGUUUCGAUAACUUCACUGAAUAUUUGCGAUGGCUUCGACAAGCAUCAAAGGUUGCAUCACAACGCAUAAGCUCAGUGGAUCUUUCAUGCUGCAGCCUGGAGCACCUGCCUGCCAACCUGUUUUAUAGCCAAGACCUCACCCAUCUCAAUUUAAAGCAGAACUUCCUGAGGCUAAACCCUAGCCCAUCCACAAGUCGAGCACUUACGGAAUUACAAAGAUUCACCAAGUUGAAGAGCCUUAACCUUUCCAAUAAUAAUUUAGGAGAUUUCCCAUUGGCAGUCUGCAGUAUCCCAACCCUGACUGAACUCAACGUGUCCUGCAAUGCCCUCAGAAGCGUUCCAGCAGUUGUAGGCGAGAUGCACAACUUACAGACAUUUUUGCUGGAUGGCAACUUUCUCCAGUCCCUUCCUGAUGAAUUGGAGCAUAUGAAUCAGCUCAGCUAUGUGAGCCUGUCCUUCAAUGAGUUCACCGACAUUCCAGGGGUGCUGGAGAAGCUGACUGCCAUGGAUAAGCUCUGUAUGUCAGGAAACUGCAUGGAUGCCCUGAACCUGCAGGUGUUAAAAAGGAUGCCUCAUAUUAAACAUGUGGAUCUAAGACUGAAUUCAAUUAGGAGAUUGGAGGUCAAUGAAAUAGAUUUUCUGCAUCAUGUGACCCAACUGGAUCUCAGAGACAACAAACUUGGGGAGCUGGAUGCAACAGUUUUUAACAAUGUUGAAGUGUUACACUGUGAACGGAAUCAACUGGUGACCCUCAAAAUCAGUGGAUAUUUUCUCAAAGCGCUGUAUGCUUCCUCAAAUGAACUUGUUCACCUUGAUGUGUAUCCAGUUCCCAAUUGCCUGGCUUAUAUGGAUAUUUCUCGAAAUCACCUGGAAAACCUGCCUGAGUGGGUAUGUGACAGCAGGAAACUGGAAGUGUUGGAUGUUGGCCACAAUCAGAUACGUGAGCUGCCUGCCCGGUUGUUUUACAAUAGUAGCUUGCGUAAGCUGCUGGCAGGACAUAACAUGUUAGGAAGACUACCAGAUCGGCUCGAGCGAACACAAGUGGAAGUCCUGGACGUGCAACACAACCAGCUUCUUGAACUGCCAUCUAACUUGCUUUUGAAGGCAGACAGCCUGAGAUUUCUUAAUGCUUCUGCCAACAAACUGGAAACGCUUCCUCCAGCCACUCUUUCUGAAGAAACCCAUAGCAUCUUGCAGGAGUUGUAUUUGACCAAUAACAACCUCACAGAUAAAUGCGUACCCUUGUUAACAGGCCAUCCACACUUGAAAAUCUUGCACAUGGCUUACAAUCGCCUACAGAGCUUCCCUGCAAGCAAAAUGGCCAAGCUGGAAGAGUUGGAAGAAAUUGAUAUUAGUGGGAACAAACUGAAAGCCAUUCCAACAACCAUCAUGAACUGCAGACGUAUGCAUACUGUAAUUGCUCACUCCAACUGCAUUGAAGUCUUCCCAGAAGUCAUGCAGCUUUCUGAAAUAAAGUGCGUGGACCUAAGCUGCAAUGAACUGAGUGAAGUCACAUUGCCUGAAAACCUGCCUCCCAAACUACAAGAGCUGGACCUGACUGGAAAUCCCAGAUUAGCCUUGGAUCACAAAACCCUAGAGCUGCUGAACAAUAUCCGUUGCUUCAGAAUCGACCAGCCCUCAGCCGGUGAUGCUUCAGGAGCGCCGGCAGUGUGGAGUCACGGUUACACAGAAGCAUCGGGCGUUAAAAACAAGCUGUGCGUGGCAGCACUUUCAGCCAACAACUUCUGCGACAACCGGGAGGCACUUUAUGGUGUGUUUGAUGGUGACCGCAAUGUGGAAGUGCCGUAUCUGCUGCAGUGCACAAUGAGUGACAUCUUAGCAGAAGAGCUUCAGAAAACAAAAAAUGAGGAGGAAUACAUGAUCAACACUUUCAUCGUUAUGCAGAGGAAACUUGGAACAGCUGGACAAAAACUUGGAGGCUCUGCUGUCCUUUGCCAUAUAAAACAUGAUCCCAUGGACCCUGGUGGAUGCUUCACACUAACCUCAGCAAACGUGGGGAAGUGCCAAACUGUUCUCUGCCGGAAUGGAAAACCUCUGCCUUUGUCCAGAUGUUACGUGAUGAGUUGUGAAGAAGAGCUGAAGAGGAUUAAGCAGCAUAAGGCCAUUAUCACUGAGGACGGCAAAGUGAAUGGUGUGACAGAUUCAACAAGAAUCUUGGGGUACACCUUCCUUCACCCAAGUGUUGUGCCACGUCCUCACGUCCAAUCCAUCACCUUAACUCCGCAAGAUGAGUUCUUCAUUCUGGGGAGCAAGGGGCUGUGGGACAGCCUCUCGAUGGACGAAGCAGUGGAGGCAGUCAGAAACGUGCCUGAUGCGCUGGCAGCAGCGAAGAAGCUUUGCACUUUGGCCCAGAGUUACGGCUGCAAUGACAGUAUCAGCGCUGUCGUGGUUCAGCUCAAUGUGACGGAGGACAGCUUCUGCUGCUGUGAACUUAAUGGGGUCCCACCCCCCAGCCCGGGCAUUUUCCCCCAGUCUGUCAACGUGGUCAUCAAAGACAGGCCAACAGAUGCACUUGGGAUGCCAUCUUCCAGCAGUGGCAUGGCUUCGGAGAUCAGCAGUGAGAUCUCCACCUCUGAAAUGAGCAGUGAGGUGGGGUCCACGGCCUCUGACGAGCCUCCCCAGGUAGCCAUGAACGAGAACAGCCCGGCCUACCCGGGGGAACAGCGCUGCAUGCUGCACCCUGUCUGCCUGUCCAAUUCUUUCCAGCGGCAGCUCUCCAGCGCCACCUUCUCCAGCGCCUUCUCUGACAACGGCCUUGACAGCGAUGAUGAGGAGCCGAUUGAGGGGGUGUUCACCAACGGCAGCCGCGUGGAAGUAGAGGUGGACAUCCACUGCAGCCGAGCAAAGGAGAAGCAGCUUCUCCAAGUGCCGGUGGAAGCCAGCGACGAAGGUAUUGUCAUCAGUGCCAACGAAGAUGAGCCCGGUCUUCCCAGGAAAGCUGAACAUUCUGCCACAGGCACAAUAGGGCGCCGGCGGGGCAACGGUUCUGUGGCACCACAAGAGAGGAGCCAUAACUUAAUUGAAGUCGCAACAGAUGCGCCGCUCAGAAAAACAGGGGGCUACUUUGCUGCUCCAGCACAGCCCGAUCCUGAUGACCAGUUCAUCAUCCCACCAGAGCUUGAAGAAGAAGUCAAGGAGAUUAUGAAGCAGCACCAGGAACAACAGCAGCAGCAACAGCAGCAGCGGCAGUAUCCGAUGGACCACCUGGCAGACUAUUACGAUACACCACUAUGACCCACUCUAUUUACUGCUCAGAAAUAAACUAACAAACAAGGAGACGAGUGUGGGACCCGGUGGGCUCGCAUUACAGCAGGGUUUUUCCUUAUCCUUUUCCUUUAUAUACUUCCUUUUCCUUAUCCUGCCACUACAAAUAACUGCAGCUUUUCAGUUUAUUAGGUUUAAUAUUCAUUGACUUUCUUCUAGAGACGCUUGACCAGUAAAGUUUAAAAUAGUUAACCUUCCCUUAACAUAUCAAGUGUAAAAACGAAAAAACAAAACAAAAAAAUAAUAAAAAGGUUUAAUAUAUUGCUGAGAAACAGAUGAUGAUGUAAUAUUUUUUAAAACGGCUUGUUUGUUUUGUUUGAAAAGCAGGGCAGUAGCCAGUGCUAAAUGAUUUAAGUAAUAUUGUAAUACUGUAUUUCUUUGAGAGAAAAGGCUUUUUUUGGUCUUGAAAAUGAUAGACAUUUGUAGAAUAUGGAGACUAACUCCUAGGAGUUGCUUUACUCUUUCAGGUGACUUAAGUCACUGAGAUUCACUAAUUUUCUCUGAGAGAACAGUUGAUUGAGAAAUUCCUGUAAAUAGCUCAGUGUUGUAUAGUGAUGCUUACACGUUUUGUAGCCUUGGCAUUAAGGACACAACCUGAAAAAUUGACCUUUUUUUCUUAAGUGACUCUUCGGGCCAUGGUCAUUGAGCGUAACAGACUGAGUGGCUGUGUACAAGUUAGCUAGAGCUGAGAUGGUGUAGACCAUUUAAAGAAACCCACUUUUUCCUCUGGUCUCUUUCUUUCCUGACUUUUACAGACAUGUUUUGUUUGUGUUCCUUACUGCUGCCACAACCAGCAUGAUUGUAUAGAGCUCAUUUGCUGUAGAACAUUUACAUACCAAGAGUUAUAUUAAAGCCGAAUGCACAAAUGAACAUGUCAUAAUUUUUGUUAUAAUAAAUAUGAAAUUUACACCUGA